GUGUAGGUAGUAUGUAUCACUCAAUUCAACGCGUUUAGGCCGCCACUUUCCGACAUGUAUAAAUACUUCCAAGAUCAAAGCCAUUUGUUGUUAGUAGUUGCCAAUUUUGUGGAGAUGGAUAGUGAUGAAUUCGAAAAUGGUGGUUCAUCAGAGCAGCUUGGGCAAGCUCUUGAUCAAACCGUUAAAAGGAUACUGGAGAAACAGAUUAAACCUAUGAUGUUAACAAUGGUUAGACAACAAGUAAGGUCAAUGGUUGUCACUAUCUUUCAACAAGAGAUAGGGCCAGUUGUUGAGGAUCUAAUUCGUAGAGUGGUAAAAGAGGUUCUUCAAGAGCAUGUUGAAGUGAGGCCUUCGAAUGGAGGGACGCGGAAUGACUUGCCAGAGGAAAGGAGUUUACAGCUGAAGUUCGUAUAUGAUCAAGUAUCCGACACUGUGACAGGCCAAGAGCUUAAAGGGAUAAACAACGAAUGCCUGAAGUUGGCUCUGGUUGAUUCCGAUGGGAAUAUCGUGACCUGUGGCAGUGGCUCUGAUGCAAAGGCGGAGAUACUACUUCUUGACGACAACGGCGAUGGUGGUGAAGAUAACAUAAGUCUUGAAAAUUUCGAGAGGCGCAUCAUUCAAACGGGAGAAAAGAAGAAGCCUCACUUUGCUAAAAGUGUCUAUAAAUCUCUCAAGGAAGGCAUUGCAGAUUUGAAUGAUCUCAAACUGGGACAUGACAAAGACCGGAUUAAGAAGUACAGCUGCAGGCUUGGGGCGAGGAUCAUGCAGAACCUUGACAGAACCACAGUGCUAGAGGCAUGGACCGCACCAUUUACGGUCAUAGAUAAGCAUGACAAAUACAAUGACAAACAUCCCUGUCCAUCUCUUUCUUCUGAGGUCUGGAGAUUGGAGGGAAUCGGCAGGAAUGGCAAGCCAUGUGAUCGCCUGAAAAACGAAAGCAUCAAGACCGUGCAAGAUUUUCUCUUUUGGUUCCAUGUUAAUCCUGAGAAGCUCCAAAAAAAAAUAUUAUGUGUUGGUGACUGCAAAUGGAAGACGAUAGUUAGUCAUGCUCAGAAAUGCAACAUUGAUUGUAAAAGGAUGUUUUCUCACAAAUCUUCAACCGAACCUCAAACCUGUGUUAUUUACGAUGCUGUGGGAAAACUCAAGGGUAGUAUCGUCGAGUCCCACUUUGUUCCAAUUGAUGAUAUGCCUUCUGAUGAAAAGGAUCGUGCACGUGAGUUACUCAGAUAUGUGUUAGAGGAACCGUCUGCAUUUGUAGAACGAUACGCCUCCUCCUUGGAAGACGAAGGGUCCCUUUUAAAGAAGUUUCCUUACAGAUCAUUGCAGCACAGUGGUCUCACUGUUUCUGAAGAUAUGAAUGGAAAUCAUACUUCAUCGUCUCAGAGCAUCAUCGCUGCUAAUAACUCGUAUGCUUGUGGGCCUUCCGGCUCUCUUGGAUCAAUAGAAAUGGGAGAGCUAUCCAACUCUUGCGCCUUUCCUACUGAUCUUCAUACAUCAGAUUACGAGACUCCAUUAUGUUUCGAGAACAAUUCUUCACCAAUAAAUAUGCUGGUAUCCGGAAACGACAAGUUGCUAGCAUCUCCGUGUAUGCAGCACACGGCCGAGAUGGGUGGAGGGUCGAGCAGUGGACGCUCAAACGCCUCGUUUCAAAGUGCAAGGGGGCAGUGGGCUGACGAAGAGCUCUCCUAUCCUGCCCUUCUCAGCCCAGGCCAAGUGCUUGCCGAUUUCAACAGUCACAACGCUCAUGGUUGGCUGUGGUUUGAAGAGGAGCUCCCCCACUGUCCUGGCUCUCCCAGCUCAGACCCCACGCUUUAUCAUGCUGCUGACGUUGAAACUCAUAACGCCCGUGCACAUGAAGACGAGACGUGUGGGGCUGAUCUGCCAAAGGGGUUGAAGAAAUUGUCCAGGAUAUGGUCCUCAUUUAGCAAGUUGAUGUCCGGAGACGCUGGUCCUAGCUGCAAGAAAGGGAGAGUUGAUUAACCAUGUACAUAGCAGCAACUCCCACUCUCAUGCUCACAGAGUUAAGAUUCAUAUUUUUUUAUUUGCAAUUCAUGUUGCCAUUUGAUUGUGUGUAAAUAUGUGGUCUCAUUCAAAACUAGUCUGUUUAUCUGGCUUUGGCAAUCAAUGGUAAUGUUAUCUGUUUUGUGGAA